AUGUCCGGUUCCACCGCGCACUCGCCGCCGGCGAUGGACCGGCGACUCCAGCGGCUGGCUCGCCGCGUCUCCAUCGCACUCGCCGUUGCGGCCACGCUCUGCCUCCUAUACCUCUUCCGUCACACCUCCUGCUUCCCAGCGCCGGAACCACUCACCCUCUCCCUCGCCCCCUUGCCCCACACCUCCUGCGACGGCGCCUCGCGCCGCAUCCUCCCACCAGACCGUCGGCUCGCUAAGCUCCGCUCCUCGUCCCACUGGCGCCGCCGCUCCGCGUCGCUAGCCGCCUCCGUCUUCCCCCCGCUCCGCCGCCUCGGCCUCCUCGCCGGCUCCUCCCGCGUCCUCUGCUUCGCCGCCGGCGCAGGCAACGCCGUGGACGCGCUCAACGCCGCGGGAGUCGCCGCGGUAACAGGGAUCGACCUCGUCGACUUCCCGCCGCUCGUCCGUCGCGCCGACCCCCACCGCCUCCCCUUCCCCGACGGCGCCUUCGACCUCGUCUUCUCCGACGACCCGGCGGGGUUCUCCGGCGCGCUCUUCCCGUCUCGCCUCGCAGCAGAGGCCGAGCGCUCCGUUCGUCUAGGCGGCGCCAUCGCGCUCGCUGUAGACCGGCAGCUGGACCCCGCCGCCGCCGCCGCGCUCUUCAAGAGGUCGCGCGUCGUGGAUGCCAGGGAUGUCACCUUGGAUGGCUCCCAGGUUAGGUUGCUAAUCUUGCAGAGCAAUGGCACCAUCCUGAACCCGCCGCGCUGAUAGCUUAGCUUCCAUUUCAUGUACUGUCAAGUAAUUUUCAUGCCCUAUGUUGUUGUUCUCUUAGAUCAAAUACUAGAUUAGGCAGAGUUGUAGAUUUGUGCAUAAAAUUUACCGUAACUGUGUGUAGGAUUCAUGGUUUCUCCUCUUAGAUGAAAUAUAAGAUCAUACAGAGACAUAGAUUUGUACAUAAAGUGUACUGUAACUCUGUAUAGAUUAAUGGUCAAGAAAAUUGUAAGCCUGUUCAACCAACAUGUCUACUGCAAUGCUUUUGUUCCCCUCAA